AUGAGCCGCACCAUAACUCAGGUGUUUGAGGAGUUCCAAAGGGCAAGGUCCCACUUCGUGCAAACUUUAGCCGAUCUCACUCAAAGGCCACAAAAUAUCGAUGGCCUCCGCGCAGCCGGAGCUUUGAGGCUGUUAAGGCCGCUGCUGUUAGACUCCAUACCAGGAAUCCAGCAAACAGCAGCGGUUGCAGUGGGGAGGCUUGCCGGCCAUAGCGAGGAGGCGGCGAGAGAAUGCGUCAAUGAGGAGAUUCUUCCCCAUCUUGUUGCAUCCGUUGCAGAGCAGAAUAGAUUCUACAGGAGAUCAGCGGCAUUUGUAAUGCGGUCGAUCGCGAAGCAUUCAGCUGAGCUAGCACAGGCGGUCGUAGACAGCGGCGCUCUGGCAGCAUUAUCGCAGUGUCUUGAGGCAUUCGACCCCCAAGCUGUGGUAGAGGCGGAGGCGUUGCCCAAAACUCUGCACUGUUUGAAGGACCCAGACGACCUGGUUCGAAAGAAUGCUGCCACCUGCGUGCGAGAGAUAGUCAAGCAUACUCCCCAACUAGCUCUGUUUGCUGCCAACGCGGGAGCUAUCGCAGCGUUGAUAGAUUUAAUACAAGAAACAACUGGGCCAACUCGGGUUGCUGGCAUUUUAGCUCUAGGCUACAUAGGUGCCUUUACAGAAACAUUGGCUUUGGCAAUAAUCGUUCAGAAAGGGAUCCCUCCUCUUAAAAAUGCGCUAGAGACAGAGACUGAAGACCACGCUAAGGCAGCGGCUGCCUGGGCGGUGGGCCAGCUCGGACGGCAUACUCCAGACCAUGCUAUGGCUGUUGCGGAAGCAGAUAUUUUGAGACUGCUAUUGUCAGCUUUCCUUGCGUCUGAAUCAUCCGAUGAGUUGAAAGCGAAGGCAAAGAGAGCACUCAAAAACAUAAUACAGAUGUGCACUCAUUUGACAGCGUUAGAAACCCUGCUUGGCGAGGCACCUCCAUCCAUACUCAAAUGCAUUGUCCAACAGUUUGCCAAAGUGUUACCCAAUGAUCCCAAGGCACGAAGAGCCUUUGUACAGACUGGCGCACUGGAGACGUUGUUGAAAAUACGUGAGACCGAUGCUGCGACGGAAGUACUCGACUACAUCCAAAGCGUCUGCAACCUAUACCCGCCUGAAGUUGUCAAUUACUAUUCCCCGGGCUAUUCUGCGAUCCUCAUUGAGAAGAUUGAUGCCCAGGCAUAG